AUGAAUAGGUUCUUCAAAGUUAACUCAAAUUAUUCAUAUUAUAAAUAUUUAGAAAAAUAUGAUGCCAACUUUUUAAGAAGAUACUAAUCUGAAACACAUUAUUACUUAGGAAGAAGAGGUGCAUGGAGAAACUUAGUAAUCAAAUAUGCUGGUGAUCAUAUUGCACUUGAAGAAGAACACAAUUUCAAAUAUAAAACACAUUUAUCUUUCGUAUAUUUAAGUUAUAGACUAGCCUGGUUUUUAUUUGGAAUGACUAUGAUUUAUAAUACAUUUUUAUUAGGUGAUAUUGGUAAGACUUUUAAUAUUGGAGAAUGGGAUUAUCCUAUUAAACCAUCAUCCGAAAGAGAUUAUGCCACUAGAUAUGAAUCAUUAUAUGUUAUUGAUAAAUUUCAAAAAUGGUGAUAAAAAAAUAAAUAUUGAAGAACGAAUAUUUAUUUUAAGACAUUAUAUAAAUA